GUCCUAGAUCUUCCUGGCAUUAUAGAAGGAGAGAGUUUGCUUCUGCCAUUUUUCUCCCUUUACUGCUUCCUCAUGUUGAUGUCUCAAGCGCAGCUGAGACAUACAAUGAAUCAAUCAUUCGAAGUGGCGUGAGGAAUGUUUUAACCAAGGCCAAGGCUGCUGGCGUGCUUCGUUUGGUUUUCCAUGAUGCAGGGACUUUUGAUGUUAGUGACAAAUCAGAUAUUAGGAAAAGCGAAAGCAGGAAUCGACGAUAUUCAGAAAGUGUCAUGGGCGGACUUGAUUGCUGUGGCUGGUGCUGAGGCAGUUGCGCUCUGUGGUGGGCCUGAAAUUCCAGUAAGGCUAGGACGAUUAGAUUCCAGUACUGCUGAUCCAGCUGGUAAGCUUCCUGAAGAGACAUUGGAUGCAGCUGCCCUAAAAACAUUAUUCAGCACAAAGGGUUUUUCGCCGCAGGAGAUGGUUGUUUUAUCUGGUGCACACACAAUUGGAGGCAAAGGAUUCGGGAGUCCUAUCGUUUUUGAUAACACCUACUUCAAGGUGCUCCUUGAGAAGAAGCCACAAACAUCUUCAUCUGGCAUGGAAGCAAUGGUGGGGCUGCGCACGGAUUGGGCACUCACUGAAGAUGACGAGUGCUUAAGAUGGAUUAGGAUCUAUGCAGAGGACCAAGCUCGAUUUUUCGACAACUUCAGGGAUGCAUACAUCAAGCUGGUAGGUAGUGGAGCCACGUGGAGAACAGCUUAAUUAGAAUUUUCUAUCUCUGUAAAAUGUAAUGAAUUUUUCCUAUAUAGCUGAGGCUCGUGUGAAACAUACGAGUUUCAUAGAAUUUUUUUUUACCAAAAACAGAGCAGUUUUUUACAGGCAAAAUGCCAAUUGAACACAAAAGACUCUUGUAGACA